UUCCUCCUGGCCUGUGGGGGCGCUGUAGACGCAGCGGGCUUACUGUAACCCGUCAGCCAUCUGCCGCAGUCAGUUAGCUCCAGCGGGAAUGGAAAAUGGAGGAUUGACCGAAGAGCGAGGGCAUGCCAUCGGUAUUACUAGCAUGUAGAUCCUUUAUCCUUGCACCAAGGCCGAUAUUACCUGCUAUGAAGCCAUUGUUUUCUUUGAAGACGCAAUCUGUUUCCCAUUUCUGCUGAACUGCAGUUUUGAAAAGUAGUGAUUGACUCCAUCAUCUAUGGAGAAGAAUGAGAGGCCUGAGCUCUGUCUAGCUCCUGUGCCAGAGCAGAGCCAAGACUGUAUGGAUAGCUGCUCUCAAGGUUUUGCAGAAGGGGAUAGUGGGCAGAAGGAUCAGUUUGACACCGAAAAUGAAAAUGUGGCUAAAGAGACACUAGAAGAACCAGAUAAACCUUCCAAGGCCUACAGUGAGGUAAAGAAGACUUGGGGUUUCCGACGGUCCACUGUUGCAAAGAGAGAGAUGCCAGUAGAGGCAGCAACCGACAGCCCUGAAAAUCGCUGUCCUGUCCGCCGCAGCGGCAGGCAGUCUAAGCGUACGGACAAGCUAGAGGAAUUCCUCUUGACUGCCAAAAGAGGCUCAAGAAAGAGCGCCCCGCCCAGUCUUGAAAGUGGGGAUCCUCCUUCCCAAACUCCAACUGAUGCAGAGACUGCCUCAGAGGCCAGCUUUGAUGGUAAUGCUGACACCAAGGCUGUAGAGGAUAAGGUAGAGUCCCCGGAGAGAAGAACCAGAAGUGUUGCAAGGAAGCCAACGCAACGGCGUACUCGAGGUGGUAGGCAGGCACGAGGAGGUGGUAGAGUGACAGUCAAAGAUGAGGGAAGCUCUGAGAAUGAGGAGGAUGCUAGAGAUGUUUCUGAUAAGGACCAGUUACUAGAGAAAAAAGAUGAAAAUAGUUAUCCCAACACUGAAGAUGUAGAAAGCACUAAUACCGUACAGCCUCAACCAGAGCCAAACUCUGAGACGAAGACGGGGGCCGUCGAGGAGAAGAAUGAACAUGACAAAGUGGAAAUGAAGAAAGAGACAGAUGAAGAGACUGAGGAGGAUGGCACAGACAAACCUGCAGCCAUAUCGGUUAAGCGUGGACCAAUAAGAACUUACAUAAAUAAAAAGAGGGCAGCUACUAAGAACACUCCUGCUGUUAAAACUCCUGCUUCUGUGAAGAGGGAGACCUUGGCCAGAACUACCCAAGCAUCUGGAAAGACACCCCAGCCACAAGAGGACAAUGAUGGUGAAGAUGAGGAGGAGGAUGAGGAUGACUCCUCGACAUCUUCAUCUUCAUCAUCAUCUGAGUCCGAAGAUGGAGGUUAUGACCCCAAUGCACUUUACUGCAUCUGUCGACAGAAACACAACAAAAGGUUCAUGAUCUGCUGCGACCGCUGUGAGGAGUGGUUCCAUGGAGACUGUGUGGGCAUCACUGAAGCCCGGGGCCGCCUGAUGGAGAGAAAUGGCGAAGACUACAUCUGCCCGAAUUGCACAGCUAAGAAAAACCAGGUGCUUAGGCCGGCCACUUCUAUCCUCUAUCCCGGCACAGAGAUCGGGAAGCUAAAAGCUGAAGUCUCGACUUGUACUCCUGCUGUUUCUGCUCCAACUACUGACUUUGCUGCAACUGUUCAGAUAACCAACACCGGUGGAGUUGACCCCAGUCAGUCAGCUGUUCAGGCUGUGGCAGCAUAUUUGUCCUCCACAUCUGCUGGAACUGAGGAGAAGGGAGCAGAGGACCUGGGCAUCAAAGGCAGGAUCGAGAAAGCUACUAAUCCAACUGGGAAAAAGAAGAUUAAGAUCUUUCAGCCGACCCUACAGCAGCCAGCCCAACCAAAAGCAGCCCAGCCAUCGACCCCGACGUUGGGAAGGAAGGCAACACCUGCAGCGGAGCAGAAAGCACCAAAAGAUGCAGAGCAGAAAGUGGCAUCAAAUGUGGAGGUGAAAACAACACCAACAGUAGAGGUGCCGGAGGAAAAUGCUGAGGAGAAGGCUGAGGACGAGUCUUCCCUUCCCAAGUGUAUCGGGCCUGGCUGUGAUAAUAACGCCCAGCCAGACUCUGUGUACUGUGGUAACGACUGUAUCCUGAGACAUGCUGCUGCGGCCAUGAAGUCUAUCACUGAUGUCAAAGAGCCAAAGCAGAAGGAAAAGGCCAAGGCUCCGAAAACCAAGUCCACACCAAAGAGGGGCGGUGCUGGUGGGAAGAAGGCGCAGAAGAGGACCCGGGAGGAGUCGGACAGCGAGGAAGACUACAGUCCUGAUCCAGACGAGGACGACGAAGAUGAGCAUAGCGAGGAACACCCGCCCCCGCCGGCCACUGCAUCCUGGUCCAGCGACCAUAAUUACAUUGCAGUAACACCAGAAAAGACUACACCCAUAUCACCAACAGUGUUAAACAAAAAGUCUCCUCCCAAAGAAGAGAAGCAGAGUGAGAAAGAGCAGAAAGAGAAGGAACCGGCCCCGGCUUCUGAGAAACCCCCAGCUUCAGCAACACCAGUCAAAGGAAGCAAGAAGGCCCCGAUGACUAGAGCAGCCAAGGUUUCCCCGAAGGACAAGAAGCCUUCCUCUCAGACUACAAGCUCAAAGGCAUCCAAGAAACCUGCAACACCCCCUAGUAAAACUGGGGCAAAGUCCAAGAAACCAGGCCCGUCGCCCGUCCAAACCAAGUCUCUCUACCCUCCCGGUCCGAUCCACGUGACAGGGGCGCUGAGAGUCACCAAGUCCAACUUCACUAUUCCCAAGAAGCAGCCACAACAAAAGGACGUGCCAUCUCACAGUCAGUCAUCAUCCAGAGUCCCACCAUCUCCAGCUUCUUCAGCUCCCUCCAGUCAUUCCUCCUCUAGACCUCCGCAUCCAGCCACUUCCGUGCCCGCUGCGUCUCCCAUGCCACCUCCACCCAACAACCAGAUGAGACAAAACAUCCGCCGCUCGCUGACAGACAUCCUCUACAAGAGGGUGAGCGACAGUGAUGACCUGAAUAUGACUGAGGGUGAGGUGGGAAGGCUGGCAGUUGCAAUUGAAAAGGAAAUGUUCAACCUCUGCCUUAGCACCGACAGCAAGUACAAGAACAAAUACAGAUCCCUCAUGUUCAACCUGAAGGAUCCAAAAAACAAAGGCUUGUUCUACAGGGUGGUGGGUGGUGAGGUUAGUCCCUUCAGACUGGUGAGACUGAGUGCUGAAGAGCUGCUUUCCAAAGAGAUUUCAGAGUGGAGGAAGCCAGAUGCUCAUGAGAUACAGUCUCCCAGUACAAGAGCCCAUUCGGGGCAGUCCAAACUGGGCAACAGGCAUGACUCUGGCUCACAUAGCAUGGAUAUGGAGGAUGCUCCACCAACAUCAGAUGCAGAUGUAUGUAUCUCUGCCAACACUUCCUCUGCUCGCAUGGCCUCUGCUGCAGACCAAGACGAGUCUCCUUCAGCUUCAGCUCAGCCCUCUGCUGUGGAGGGGAACAGUGCCAGCAGCAUGCCAGACAUUUUUAGUAGCAUGCUCAAAGACACUACUUCUGAACACAGGACUCAUCUCUUCGACCUCAACUGUAAAAUAUGCACUGGUCAGAAGACGGAAGAUGAGCCAGCAGCUAAGAAAGCCAAGCUGACGAAGAAGCCUGAAACUAAGCUGCCCAGACAAGAGUUGCAUUCAUCCAGGUCCGGUGAUGUCCCUCCUGCUGGCCAACCACAGGUCUCCACAGCUUACCAGCACUCGACCCCUCCGUCUUACCAGUCUAACCUGGAGCCAGCUGUCUCAGAAUCACAGCCGCAGCUUCAUCAGGAGGACCUAAAUAUGAUGCAAACGUCGGCCCCCACACCUGUCAUCCCUGCCGUGUCCUCUGUCACCAUUACCCGCAGAGACCCACGUAUGGCCAGGCACAGCUCCGGUGUGACUGUCACCUACACCGCUCCAGAAAAACCCACCAACAACUCAGCAGAACCGCUCCCUGCUCCUGUCAGCACUCCAGCAGAGGUCCCACCCAAGGCACCACUGCCGAUGCCCCCAGCUCCACCACCUUCAGUAGCUGUGUCCAAACCAUCAAAAACAAGUACAUCCGAGCCUCCUCCUGAGGGUGAGACGGCAAUCUUCCUCCAUGGUCAAGAGAAGAUUUGGAAAGGACUCAUCAACAUGCAGGGGGUAGCAAAGUUUGUGACCAAGGCUUAUCUGGUGUCAGGGUCCUUUGAACAUCUGAAGGAGGAUUUGCCAGACACCAUUCAUGUUGGGGGACGUAUAUCUCCAAGCACAGUUUGGGACUAUGUUGGGAAACUGAAAACCUCGCUUUCUAAGGAACUGUGUCUGAUCCGUUUCCAUCCAGCCACAGAAGAAGAGGAGGUGGCGUAUGUUUCUCUCUUCUCUUAUUUUAGCAGCAGGAAGCGAUUUGGUGUGGUGGCUAACAACAACCGUCGCAUCAAAGAUCUCUAUCUCAUCCCACUGGACGCAAAGGACCCAUUACCCUCCAAACUCUUACCGUUUGAUGGGCCAGGCCUUGAACCAGCUCGUCCAAACCUCCUCCUUGGGUUGCUGAUCUGCCAGAAGGACAGAAAGCGAUCUGCUUUGAUGCCGGAAAUCGAAGAGAAAAGGUCCAAGACUCAAACCAAAGUUGCUGAUGACACUGGCCUUCCAAAGUCAUCUCUUUUGAUCAAAGCAGAAAGAACCACACGACAGAGUCUUGAAAUCCCUUUCAGCACGACUCCUCCAGGGUCACCCCCAUCCAGCUCCUCUGAGAACUCAAACAGCACUGUGACCCCCUCCUCCGUCUUUUCCUUCAUGUCCUCUGUCAAAGCUCCAGCGAUACCCACUACUACUGGAAAAGACUCUCCAACAUCAUCCACGUCUGCUGCAUCCUCUGCAGCAACUGCCUCUCCUCUUCAGACUAUCCUAAACACUCUUUUUAGAAAGAAAAAGCAUGACUCUGAAGCUUCCAACUCGCCAUCUGAUCAGGGCGGGGAACUGUCCAUACCACCUGCUACAAUGCUGGACCCCAUUGUGCGGCAGUUUGCACAGAGUUCAAGAGAGAAACAGGUGGAGGAGGAUGAAGAUGACCGACCAUAUGAUCCAGAAGAAGAAUAUGACCCCAGUAGGGGCUAUAGUCUGUCUAAGAAGCCUAUUGAAGUAGUAAGCAAACCCGAAGUGUCUCAGCUGCCUGAGGUGGUUGCAAAUGAAGGUGAUGAUGUGGCAUAUGACCCUGAGGAUGACUCCCUCUUUGAUGAUGUAAAAACUUUAGUACCUGGUCAAGCUAAAGCUGCAGCUGAACCUAUACCUGAUCCACAAAAGAUCUUGGAGAGCCUUAAACAGAUUGGUGAUCAAACAUUCCAGAAACAGGAAGAACAGCAAAUGUUAUCUUCAGUGACAUCUGCUGCGUCAUUGACACUUCCAGACACGCUCGUAACUCAGCCAACCAAAUCCCUCUUGGCCAAUUCUCAGCUGCUGCAGCUUGGCAAAAAGGUUGAGGAACUAGUGAAGUCUUCAUCAGUCGCUCCCUUGAUCAACCAGAGGAGAGAUCCCCGUCAGAGCAGGGAUCCUCGCCAGGCUGCAGCUGUCAGGAAGCCAUCUGAUGAACCUGAGGAGAUGGAGGAGACAUCUUCUUUGUUGCCAGAAUCAGCUCCUUUAGAACCUGUGGCUCAAGAGCCUGAGCUGCCCAAUGUAACUGAACUCCCAGACUCCUCACUAGGCCCAGAGACAUUAUUGCCUCAAGAGGAAGUGAAAAGCGAGAUGCUACCCUUCAUGGACUCUGUCACGACGGAGGUGUCAAUUCCUUUAUUAGGAGAGGAGGUGGAACCUGAUAUGGAGGUCAACUACUUGGAUGAAAAAGAAGUAAAAACUGAGGAAGCUGAGCCAAUCAAGGAGGAAACAGAGAUGGACAAGUACAGUAUUUGGCCAAAUGCUGCCAGCAUUUUAAAAGCUGCUGAGGACUAUGAGGAAAAUAGCCAAGAUAUACCAACCACAAGUUAUUACGAGCCUUCGAACACAUCCACAAUAACUUCAACAAUACCAGUACUCACUCAGAGCACAACAAUGGUUGACACUCAGUCCCAUCACAUGCCGCAUCACAUGUCAGCGUCAGGUUUCGACAGCAAGUACCGACCUCCAGCUGACAUUCCGCCACCGUCCAACUUCCCCCCGCAGCAUCUGAUGCAGGGUCAAAACCUGAUGAUAAGGCCUCCGCCAAUGUCUUUGCCACCACCUAUACAGGGUCUUCCUCCAAUGUCAGGCCCCCCUCCUAUACAGGGACCCCCACCACCCAUCCAUGUUCCUCCCCAUGUUCGGGGUCCUCCCCCCAUGCAAGGUGACAGCAGCCAGCAAUACGGUCCACCUCCAGCUGCAUAUCCUCCCUAUCAGAACCAGUGGCCAGGCACACAGCCACCACCGCAGCAGCAGCCUCUCCCUGGACCACCACCUCAGAAUAUCAUGCCUCUCAGAGGGCCACCACCACCAUUCCCUCCAAUGGCCCAGAGAGGCCCUGCACCCCGAAUAUUUGAUCCCUCCAUUCCCCCCCAGCGACUUGGACAGCAAGGCCCCCCUCCAGGCAUGCCCCCACCUCCUGCUUUUGAUGGACAAAACAGUUUACCGCCACCUAGAUUCUCUGGACCUCCACCACCAUUCAGUUUCCCUGCAAACAGAGGGCUCCCUCCACCUUUCACAGGGCCACCUCCUGCUCACUUUGAUAACAGACUCCCUCCUCCGUCCCACUUCCCAGGGCCUAGGGGCCCCCCGCCAUCUCAGUAUGGCGACCAUGGGACUCAACCUUCGAUGGUAGACCAACCUCGAGGUCCCGCAGAACAGUAUAAUAAAGACAAUUCAAACUCUUUUAAGCUAAAUGUGGACCAGAAUCCAAACGCUCUCCACAUUUUUAAAGACAAUCAGGCUACCCCACCAGGUCCAGCUUACCGAGGACCUCCACCGAAUCAGUAUGAGGACAGAAGAGGACAACCUUCCAGUGGUGAGAUUAGUGGACAGCACUUUAGUACACAUAACCAAUAUGGGAGCUCAAGACCACACUCCUCGCCACCACAUAGAGGAUCUUUUGAUGAGCACAGGGGUCCUCUCCUUCAUGAGAAUAGACCCCACCCAUCUCAACAAUUUGGAGGAUCGGAGCGGUACCGCUUAGAUAAAUACUCUGACGAGGCUCGACCUGUUCGUCACAGCGGGCCGUUACUGCCAACUCCUCCAGAAGCACCUUUAGGUCCUCCGACUCGCAUGGGAGCCCACAGUCCAGACCAGCACAGGGAUGACCACUGGCGCCGCCACUCUCCGGAAAUGAGAAGGAGGAGCAGCACCACCCGAGAGGACUCAGAACCCCGCAGUGGAGAUCGCUUCAGUCGCUUUGAGGGAGGCCACCGAGAACCUGCCCCUGGUCCCUCACAACCUUCUGAAGAAAGGCCGAGGGAGCUGUCUGAGGACCGCCGGAGGGAAAGAGAAAGGGAAGUCCCACAUCCUGGCAGGCCGUCAUGGGACAGGGGCCAGGUAAAGCGGUGGAGCAGAGAGCGAGAAUGGGAUAGAGGCAGAGAAAGGGACCGCGAUCGGGAACGUAGCCGAGAAAGAGACCGCAGCAGAGGGAGGGAGGGCGAGAGGCACAGGGAAACGGAUGGAGAGCGACACAGGGAUCAAGAUACAGACAAGAGGAGAGACCGGGAGAGAGACAGGGAAAGAGACAGACCCAGGGAUUCUGACAGGAGGGACCAUGACCGUGACAGAGGACGGAACCGUGACCGAGAGCGUGACCGUGAUCGAGAGCGAGAGCGAGACAGGAGACGGGAAAGAUCCCGAAGCAAGGAACGCGACAGGGACCGAGACCGUGGGAAAGACCGGGGCAAGGAGAGAGACAGAGAGAGGGAGAGGGAUAGAGAGAGAGAUAGGGAUAAAGACAGGGACAAAGACCGAGACAGAGACAAAGACAAGGACAGGGACAGAGACAGGGACAGGGACAGGGACAGGGACAAAGACAGGGAUCGUCGGGACAGGAGCAAAAGCAGAGAAAAAAGAGAGGAGAAAAAGGACAGUAAACAUGAUACACACAAGGAGAGUGAUAAAACUGCAGAGAAUGACAAAAGCAUGUCUUAGUCUGUUUUAUGGACACUAAAUUACAGUUUUGAGAGACACUUAAAUCUUUCACUGAUUGAAGUCAUCACUGUAAAUGUAGACGGACAGUAUUUCGGUAAAUUUCCAGUUUUUGUUCCUACUAGACAGUUCGACAAUGUUUGUAAUUGUUUUUGUCACUUAAAAGUUUCUAAUUUGUUUCUUCACCUUUGACAAACAAAAAAACUGAAGGCCAUCUAAGUUGCUUGUGUUCAAGAUGUAUUACGUAGGUACAGAGUCCUAUGACAUGUACCUUUCACCUGUCAAAGCUUUUUUUUUUAAAAAAGAAAACCAUAAUGUAACUGAUUAACACACCAUUUGCAAUAUGUAAAUAUGAAUGUAUUUCUGUAUAUACUGAUGUUUUUAAUCAUACUUUUCUAAGUAGAGAAAUUAAAAGCCAUAUAUCUGAGAUGGAUAACAUGAAAGAUAAGGCAACAAUGUUUACCUGCAUAUGUGUGUUUAUAUGUCCAGCAGGUUUGAACGCAAUGGCUCCAACUAUCUGCAGCAUACACCCCAUUAAUGGUUGUUAAUGAAAUGUCCUGAUUUUUUUCUUUUCCAGCUCAACCAAUUAAACCUGUUUGAUGACAUGU